CGCGAUGUUGCCGCUGGUGGCGCUGGCGGCGGUGUUGGCAGCCCUGCUGCUGCUGCGAGGCGCUUCCCCCGGCCAGCCCGUGCUAGGGGUGUACAGGCGGCCAGGGAGGUGGUACCUGCUCAAGUACGCCCUCGUGCGGCUCGCGCUGCAGUGGAGGAAGCUGACAGCCGGCUCCAGGGAUGGAGGCAAGUCCAGCGGAAAGCAAGUCGGCUAUGGCAUGACGGCGCUCGACUCGGCUGAGAAAAUGGACGCCGCACAACCUCUCUCGGAGCACCCGAAUGCGUUCGAUGCAGUAUUCUUUGCCGGGGCCAGCGCAGACGGCUACUACCUCGUGAUCGCCACGGACAGAAGAAAACACGGCGUUGUCAAUGCCAUGGGCUACUUGGUGACGCCGGACAGAGGCCUGCUCUGCAGCAGCAAGCUGCCGGACACCGUGCUGUUCGGGGCGCGCGAGGGGCAGUUCGGGGCCGAGGGCUUCCUGGCGACCCCGGUGCAGCCCAUGAGGACGUGGAGGGUCGCGUACCACGGCCACAUGUGGAGUGAGGCUGAUCCGACAAAGAAGUUUCACGUGAAGAUAGACGCUGAGUUCACCUCUAGUUGGGGCUACUUCAACUGCGACACCGAUCUUCAUCCUUCAGUUCUGUGCAGAGCAAUAUCCACAGAGCCCUGGUCCACGGAAUACUUCAAUAACUUGAAACAGGCUCAUCAGACACACUACGAACAAAUGGGAAUCAUGAAUGGUACAGCUAUUGUCGACGGUGAUAAACAUCAGCUUGAUUUGAAAGUUUUCCGUGAUCACAGUUUCGGUCACAAGCGCGACUGGAGUCUGUUCCACCGCUACGUCCUGCACGUGAUGUUCCUGGAGAACGACCUCCGGGUGGCCGUGGUCGUGGUCUCUCAGCCGUGCACCUUCUCCAGGUUGGAAAGCGGGUUCGUGAACACACCUGAAGGCGACAUACACCCACUGGAGUGGUGCGACUUUGAGCUCUAUCAGCACGGCGAAGGAGGAACACCGCCCACAGACUACGCCUUCCAGUUCAAAGCAGGUCUGGUCGCCGAGAGCGGCGCUGUUGCAAGCGGCCAGGGAAGGAAGAUGGAGGUGGCGGUGGUUAGACACUCCUCGACCCUGAGACCCGAGCCCUACCUGGGCGACCUGACCUUGUUCCUGGACCUGCUCGGGCGCUCGCCCCGGGUCGCGCGCGUCCAGACGGUGGCCUGGGACGACCCGCUAGUCGACUGGGCCUCGUUCACGCACUUCCUCGUCACGUCGACCGUCAGCUACGCGCCGGUGCUCGCGGACUUCCUGCGGUGGCUCGACCUGCUGGAAGGUCUCUUCACCGCCGAGGGCCUGUCCCGGAGGAUGUUCAACCCGCCGGAGGCGCUGCGCUGGAACUCCUCCAAGACCUACCUGCGGGAGCUGCGGGCCAGGGGCGUCGAGCUGCCGGAGACUGUCUGGCUGCGCGGGGUCCGGGACCUCGUGGGCUGGCACCCGGGGGAGGUGUUCGGCGAGUCGGGCGAGGUGGUGGUGAAGGACGUGGUCGACGAGAGCGGGCAGACGGCGUGGAGGUGCCGCCUGGAGGGGGGCCAGCUCCCGGGGUGGGCCCGCGCCAGGCUCCAGAAGCAACUGGAAGCUUCCUCCGGGAGGGACGGGACCAUGGUGCAGGCGUUCCUCAGGAGCAUCCUCCUGGAGGGGGAGUGGUCGCUGGUGUUCCUCGGCGGCCAGCUGAGCCACGCCGUGCUGAAGAGGCCCGGCGCGGGGGGAUUCCGCGUGCAGCGCCGGCACGGCGGCGGCUUCCGCCCGGUGCACUCCAGGGACGUCCCUGCAGACGUCGCCGAGUUCUGCGCCCGGGCGCUGGCGGCGCUGCCGUUCGCCAGGCCCCUGCCGUUCGCGCGGGUGGACGCGGUGCGAGGCGACGAUGGACGGCCCUGCCUCAUGGAGGUGGAGGUGCUGGAUCCGUGUCUCUACCUCGCGGAGCCCGGGCAGGCCAGGAGGCUCUUCGACGUGUUCAUGAGCUCCGCGGGGUGACUGGACCUCCAUGGCGCGCGCUCCUUCCUCGCCGUAUCACCGCAACUGCCACUGGACAAGGGCGAGGUACUGUCCCUGCCCUGCCGCGGCAGCAGACUUCAAUUCAAGUUUACACGUUUUCUCACGAGCACCUUGACGAACGCAUUCUGCAACAUGCUUUUCUGUAAGUUCGAUAUUCCCAGGCACGUAGCUAGAAAAUAGGUCCAUACAUCUCCGGGUUUAGAACACAAGCAAAGACAGCAUACCUAACAAAAUUAUAGCUAAAUACGUUUACACAGAGAAAAAUUUAGGAAUCAUUAAAAUAUUUAGUGGGCUAAAAUAAUUUAUUUCAACCCCAUUACUGCCCGACAUGGCUUCGCGCACAGAAUUGGCUUGAAUUGUGUUUGAAAGUAGUCUAUAUUAAAUGCCGGUCUAAUUAUUACUGUAAGCGUGUAUUUCACACAAACAUGAAUUGUGUUUAGUGUAUUUGGUAACAUUUGUAAGUAUUUAUGACUUGUUUUAACAAAAUUAAAUAUAUUACUAAGAACAAAGUAUU